UGUCUCCUGGUCUGAUACACAGCGCUGUAGCUCUGCGGUUGAAAGUGGCGAAAAAAAUGACAUAUUUACCUUAAACUGACGGAUUAUGUUAAUUAGAUACUCCUAAGGAUAGGAUAUAAGCUCAAGGAACUUUAAUUGAAAGCUCAUGGAGUAGACCUGUUGUUUACCUCAUGGAAUAUUCCAACACAUCUCUUAGUUACCUCUAUCAUUCCUCAUGCCUAUUCUGAUCUGUGCAACGCCCCUACCCCAUAGCCUGUAAAAACAAGAUAACCUCCUAAAAAGUUAUUUUUAAUACAAGUAUUUAUUUGUAUUGAUUGGCAGAUAUUUUUUAAUCAAGAGAAUCAAGGCCCAGUGGUAAACAUCUGAAAAUAUUGUUCGGAAGGUUGUGCACUGCGCAUGGAAGCAAGGUGCGCGUGGAGCUGUCCAUGGUGCUGAAUGCCAUAGAAUCAACAAGUAGUGAGCGUUUCAUUUUCUAGGCUACUCACGAGCGCUAUGUUGAAACUAUUGGAAAAACAUGACAUUGGCUGACACAAUCUGGUUAAACGUUUGAAACUGCAAAUAGCUUUGUAGGAUAAAUCGGAUGUGUUACAAAAGUGUCAGAAGGGGUGACGAAAUGGAUCCUUGCAAGGGGGUGUCAACGCAUCAGAGUCAGUGUGUGAUCUUUGAGAGAGAAGAGACCAAAAAUGUCAACCCUAUGACGUUAGUUCUGGCGUACGAAGGAAUUCCGAACGAAUGGACGUGCGAGCCAAAUUCGUGAUCAGAAGACGCGGAAAGAACAAGGCGAGAACGAGGUUGGGAGAUCAGGGAAGCCCGAAUUUUAAAACGGACAUCAUGAUGCCGUUCCUAAGAACCCUGGUUGUGCUGGCUGUCCUCUGCGCGCCAACCUCCAGCCUCUGUCUCAGACUGUACCAGAGCGACUCCAGCCUCCUCUGUGACGAUGACAUACUAGCUGAGACGAGCGACGUUCCCAGUGAAGAGUUCCCAGUGUCGGAAAGCUGGGGCUCUCUCUUCAAAUCCGGAGACACUCUCUCCUCCGUAGAGUCGCGGGAGAAAAGGACGUCGACUUACCCCGCCAACUACAGGUUUCUCAGUCAGACGCAGCUAAGGAGUAAGAUGUUCCAGAACAGCAUAAAUAAUGACCGGCUAAGCAAGUUUACCCUCUCUCUAGAUGUGCCCACCAACAUCAUGAACAUUCUCUUUGACAUCCAAAAGUCCAAGAACCUGCGCGCAAAAGCGGCCGACAACGCGCGUCUGAUGGCGCAGAUUGGACGAAGGAAGAGACAGUAGACUAUCUCUCCGACGGUUGAAGCCGCUACCCUGAUUAUCCAUUACAUAUUAGAUUUUCACUCUGACAAAUACGUAUUGUGGGAAGUUUUAUUUUUCCUCAAAUCGAACUUUCAGAUGCAAUAUUUGUGAGAUGUUUUUUUUCUUCCUGUGGUUAUAAUCUAGCAAAUUUAAAUACGAAACAUAGGGAUUAUUGAGAUGGACUUUUCUGAAGUACAAUUGGAGUGUUUACUGUACAGGCCUAUUCUAUUUUAGAAUCCCUGAAAUUGAAGAAAAUCAAAAGACAAUUCGAGAUUAUUUGGAACAAGUCUACACACUGAAUGAUUUUUAUUUCUGUUCAGAAUAUACAUUUCAAUUAGUUAAAAUGAAAGUACUUUCAAGAUAAGAUUAGGCCCUAUAAAGCUAUACAACUUCUAGUCUUCCACUGGAGUGUUAAAGAUCGAACCAGGAAAUGUGGUAUAAUGAGAGGGGUCUUUGAAAUUAGAUAAGGCAAAUGAGGAAAUAUGUAAAUUGUACAUGCAUAAAAUCAGUGGGUAACCUGUAAUUAGCCUGAAAUGGUUUGCAUUUCCUCUCAUUUGUGCCCGCGUUUUAUAGGAAAAGCAAGACAUGCUUAUGCUUGAAAUACAGGACAGUACGGUACAAUACAAAUUAUGUGAACAAAUUGCAUUCAUUGAAAUUCGCACACAUUUUGCGGCAUAUUUAGUGUAAAGAGAAGCGAGUUAGCCUAUAUACCUUUGUGAAUAGACGCUAGAAUGUGAAAUGUUUCUGAGUUAUUUCAAGGUAAAUGCAUGGUAGCCUCAAUGUUUGAUCAUCACAUGUCUGUUAUUUUUAUACACAAAGGGAUUAUUUUUCCUCAAAUAAAAGCAGAUGAAUUAAA